CCCUUCUCCUAUGUCGCAGAGCAGAGAUCUAUAUAUACAAAUUUGUAUGCGUAGAUAGAUAGAUAGAUAGAGAGAGAGUGUUGUACAAAAAUGGCGAAGCCUCGCAAGGCGAAGAACGAAGACCAAAAGGCGGAUAAUUCAGAUGCAGUGGUUCGUCAUCAGAAGCUCUGCCUCUCAAUCGACAUGGACAAGCGUCGAAUCUACGGUUACACUGAGCUGGAAAUAGUCGUGCCAGAUAAUGGGAUUGUUGGGUUGCAUGCGGAUAACUUGGCGAUUGAGAGUGUUACAGUUGAUGGAGAGCCAGCAGAGUUUGAAGUAUUCCCACAUUAUCUGCAUUUGGAUAAUGAUAGUAGAUGGUGCUCAGUCUCAUCAACUAGUUCUGCUGCUGACGCUGCAGGCUCUGUUUAUCUAUCUUCUCUUGAAAGAGAAUUGGUUCCAAAUUUGCUGAUCAUGUGUUGCAAGUCUGUCAAAUCAGCAAGCGAGCAACAAGGACAACCGAAUUCAGAAAAUGGGUUGCAGUCCCCAGGCGAACCCAAGCAGAAUGUGAAAUUGGUUCGCAUUGACUAUUGGGUCGAGAAGGCAGAAACAGGAAUUCAUUUUAAGGAUAAUGUUUUAUACACGGAUAACCAGAUAAGGCGAGCACGCUGUUGGUUCCCUUGUAUGGAUGACAGUUCACAGCGUUGCUGCUAUGACUUGGAGUUCACAGUUGCCAUUAAUCUUGUUGCUGUCAGCACUGGAAACUUGCUGUACCAGGUAUUGAGCAAGGAUGAUCCUCCACGUAAAACAUAUGUUUACAGAUUAAAUGUCCCAGUCACUGCAAGGUGGAUAUCUCUGACAGUUGCACCAUUUGAAAUCCUUCCUGAUCAUCAUAGUGGUAUUCUAUCACACAUGUGUUUGCCAGCUAACUUACCAAAGCUAAGGAAUACUGUAGGAUUUUUCCAUAAUGCAUUCAGCCAUUAUGAGGAUUACCUUUCUGCAAAAUUUCCAUUUGGGUCAUACACACAAGUUUUUAUUGCUCCGGAGAUGGCUAUUUCCUCAUCGAGUUCGGGAGCUUCCAUGUGUAUCUUUAGUUCUCAAGUCUUAUUUGAUGAGAAGGUUAUUGAUCAGACCAUAGAAACGAGGAUUAAACUUGCAUAUGCCCUUGCAAGACAAUGGUUUGGAGUAUAUAUCACUGCUGAGUCACCAAAUGAUGAGUGGUUGUUGGAUGGUCUUGCUGGGUUUCUAACCGAUUCAUUUAUGAAGAGAUUUCUUGGAAAUAACGAAGCACGCUAUCGACGAUACAAGGCAAAUUGUGCUGUUUGCAAAGCAGAUGAUAGUGGUGCAACUACUUUAUGUUCCUCUGCUUCAUCCAAGGAUUUGUAUGGAACCCAGUGCAUUGGUUUAUAUGGCAAAAUACGAUCAUGGAAGUCUGUGGCAAUCCUUCAAAUGUUGGAAAAACAGAUGGGGCCUGAGUCAUUCCGCAAAAUUUUGCAUCGAAUUGUUCCACGGGCUCAAGAUACUACUCGUGCUGUGAAAAGUCUUAGUACAAAGGAGUUCCGGCACUUGGCUAAUAAGGUUGGAAAUCUCGAGCGUCCAUUUCUUAAAGAAUUUUUUCCUCGCUGGGUGGGGUCUUGUGGUUGUCCAGUUCUAAGGAUGGGAUUUUCCUAUAGCAAACGGAAAAAUAUGGUUGAACUGGCAGUACUUCGGGGAUGCACAGCUACACCAGAUACGAGUGUGAUAGUUCAUAAUGGUAAACCUGAUUCUGAAAAUCGAGAAGGGGAUGAAGGAUGGCCUGGGAUGAUGAGUAUAAGGGUUCAUGAGCUCGAUGGCAUGUAUGAUCAUCCAAUUCUACCAAUGGCAGGAGAAACUUGGCAGCUGCUGGAAAUACAAUGCCAUUCGAAACUUGCUACCAAACGUUUCCAAAAGCCAAAAAAGGUUUCAAAACCUGAUGGCUCUGAUGAUAAUGGUGAUGCUGGGCCCACUCUAGACAUGCGUUCCAAUGCUGAUUCUCCCCUGUUGUGGCUCAGGGCAGACCCAGAAAUGGAGUAUCUUGCUGAAAUUCAUUUUAAUCAACCUCUGCAGAUGUGGAUAAACCAAUUAGAGAAGGACAAAGAUGUUGUUGCGCAGGCACAAGCAAUUGCAACACUAGAGACAUUUCCACAGCUUUCAUUUUCUGUUGUCAAUGCUCUGAAUAAUUUCCUCAGUGACUCAAAGGCCUUCUGGAGAGUCCGGAUCGAGGCAGCAUUUGCAUUGGCUAAUACAGCAUCUGAGGAAACUGAUUGGGCUGGUUUGCUCCAUCUUGUUAAAUUUUAUAAAAGUCGGAGAUUUGAUGCAAAUAUUGGACUCCCCAAGCCUAAUGAUUUUCAUGAUUUCCCAGAAUACUUUGUACUUGAGGCUAUUCCACAUGCCAUAGCUAUGGUCAGAUCAACAGAUAAGAAAAGCCCAAGAGAAGCUGUGGAGUUUGUUUUACAACUUUUGAAGUAUAAUGAUAACAACGGUAAUCCAUAUUCGGAUGUGUUCUGGCUUGCUGCAUUAGUGCAGGCAAUUGGCGAACUUGAAUUUGGCCAUCAGAGUAUUCUCUUUUUAUCAUCUCUUCUCAAGCGCAUCGACCGCCUUUUGCAGUUUGACAGGCUGAUGCCAAGCUACAAUGGGGUGUUGACAAUCAGCUGCAUCCGGACCUUGACUCAGAUUGCGUUAAAGCUUUCAGGAUUUGUUCCCAUCGAUCGUGUUUGUGAACUAAUUAGGCCAUUUCGGGAAUUAAAGACGGUAUGGCAAGUUCGAAUUGAAGCAAGUAGAGCACUCCUUGAUCUUGAGUACCAUUGCAAAGGGAUUGAUGCAACAUUAAUGUUGUUCAUUAAAUACUUGGAGGAAGAGCCAUCUUUAAGAGGGCAGGUGAAGUUGGGGGUGCAUGCUAUGCGAUUAUGUCAAAUAAGGAGUCGAUCUGAUCCUGACAAUGAUGUGAAGGGCGAGACUCUUGUGGCUUUGCUUCGUCUGCUUGAGAGUCCUAUGGCAUUCAACAAUGUUAUUCUACGACAUUAUAUGUUCUGCAUUUUACAAGUCCUUGCGGGCAGGCCCCCAACACUCCAUGGAGUCCCCAGAGAUGAAACGCUUCGAAUGGGUCAUGCAGAAACUUGCAGUGAACUGAAGAAUAUUUUUGCGGCACUAGUUAAGCAAUCUAAGCCUCACGAACUUCCUCCGGGCACCCCUAACCUUUCACAUGAUGGUUUGAUCAUUCCGGAAGCCUCCAAGGAAGCAGAUACUGCUUCCAACAGUCAUGAACAAAGGAAGCCAGUGGUUAAAAUUAGGGUGAAACAAUCUGCAUCCAGUAGAGCCGACGAUGCUGAUAAUGUGACAGUUGAAAAAUCUCAAGGUGGGCUUAAUGAUGCAGACCGUGGUGCCAGUAGUUCCGUUUCUGUGGAUGCACCCCAAAGAAAUUUUACUGAGGCUGCAAGCGUCAGCAAUCAAAAUCUUGAGGAAGUCAACUCAUGCCACGAUCCUGGGUCCAGGGUCACUGCCAGUAUUGGCAGCGCCAAACUCGCUAGUGAUGGUGACGAACUCGGGAAGGAACUCCAGUGCACUGCAGAUUCGAGCAAAGUUUCUGCACCAUGUCCACCUGAUGAUCGUUCAUCGCCCUCCAUCAUGAAAGAUGACUAUGCAGAGACAGAGACACAUAAAUAUGCAAGUCUGCAAACUCUAUCUGUCGCAAUACGCGAUCUUGAUAGUGGUUCACUGGCUAUGAGUUUGUCUAGCAAAGAGAAAGAGAAGAAGAAAAAUAAAGAAAAGAAACGAAAAAGGGACAACCACAAAAGUCACCGGGACGAUCCGAAUUACUUGGAACGGAAGCGCUUAAAGAAAGAGAAGCGGCAGAAAGAAAAGGAGAUGGCAAAGCUGCUGACUGAGGAUACAAAAGCAUCUUCUUCAAUGGAGCUGCAAAAUAAGAGUGAGAAAUAUGAAGCUAGAUUAGCACUGAUCGGUGAGGAGGCCAAGUCAUCUUUAUUAGAGUUGCAGAGUAAGAACGACGAAACUCAAAAUAGAUUGCCUAUGUCAAUGGCAGAGGAGGCGAAGGCACCUCUAGCUGAAUUACCUGGUACGAAAGAGGAACCUGGAACAAGCAUGGUGUCUGUGCAAUUGAAACCAGAUGAACCCAGCGGAUCUAAGGUAGUGAUAGAGAGGACAGACGUGAGGGCUGAUCCAUCAGAAGGUACUUCUCAUAAACUUAGAAUUAAAAUAAAAAACCGAAUGCCCAACAAAUCAUGAUGGAGAUAUUCUUCCGUACUUGAAAUUGCUGAUGCCGAACUUCCAUUGAGUUCUGCGCGAACUAUUUGUUCAUUUUCAACAUUGUGUAGCAGUAGGCCCAUAAUGUGAUGAGUUAUAUGUACUGACACUGAAGUAAUCAAUGAAAUGUGAUAUUGUUUUCUUGUUA